UUAUUUAUUUUCAUAUUAUUACAUUUAUUCGUUUAUAUAUUUAUACAUUUAUUUAUUUAUAAUUUUUGCAGGUUUAGUCCUCCAUAGUCAUUAGUGAUUAUUUGUUGAACUAUAAAUUCGUUUUGGUGUUUGAUGAAUACUAAAAUAAUUUACAGUUAAUAUUUAUACAAUUUUAAUACUAGUCAUAUUUAAAUGUAAAAGCAUCAACCAUAAUUUACAUGAAUUAAAAGUUUAAACCUUGAGGCAGAAUCCUAAUAUGAUGGCUCAGACUCGCUCUUCUAUCAAGGUAUCCAUCUUUCAGUGUGUGGUUGACAGUCCUUGACAGCAUGUGAGCUGCUCUGCAGUCAGCACAGACAAACCUGCUGAGUGAGAGUGACAGGACACUGUUUGUCUUCAUAGGGGCUUCCAACCUGUGAUAAAACACAGGUGUUCUAACAGUAUGUUCCCACAUAUGGUUUUGAUCUAUAAAGGUUACUUGCCACAGGCUCUGAAAGCAACCUUUUUCAGAUAUUGUCAGAAUAUGGAAACUUGGACUGUGCUUAAAAUGCAUUUUGUCAAAUGGCAUACUUUUUGAAGAAAAACACUACACAUCUUAUCUGAUUUAUGGUAAGUGAUAUUUGCUUUAUAUUUGUCCAAGUUGUUUGAUAAAUUGAUUUUUAUUAAAGAUUGUUGAUUGGCUGGUGGUUGGUGUGCCUUACAACUGUUUAUAUUAUCCAGCUGUAUUGGCCGGUAGACUUUUUCAGGCACCUAAACAUUUUUUUCCCAUUUCAUUUUGAACGCACCUUUACUAAAAAAAAAGUCAAGAGUGUGUGACUGCCUUGCAAGUCAACAAUAUGAAGAGAAGUUCUUCUUUGAAGUCUUUCUGGUCGUCAGAGAGAGAAUGGGACUCGGUAAACCUCCAGGGCCUGCACGGAUCCAAAUCCAUGCCCAGUCACUGUACAGUGAAGAGGACGUUUUCAGGAAUCCUUCAGCUUCCUCGGCUGUCCCGUCGAUACUCUGCAGGACUUCCUGACAACAGAACAGCACCCAACAAGGCCACGUUCUGCUUCGAGGUCACCAAAGGGCUGGAGGCAUCCUUAGACACUCUGCAAAAUUCCCGUUUUGAUGUGGAGAAUGGAUUGUCAGUGGGCCGCAGUCCUCUGGAAUCUCAGGCCAGUCCAGGCUCUGGUCUCGUGCUGCAGGCCAAUUUCUCCCACAGUCAGAGACGGGAGUCCUUCCUGUAUCGCUCCGAUUCUGACUUUGACCUUUCACCCAAGGCCACGUCCCGGAACUCAUCCACGGCCAGUGAGCUACAUGGAGAAGACAUGAUAGUUACUCCGUUCGCACAGGUCCUUGCCAGCUUGAGGACUGUGCGAAGCAACUUUGCAGUUUUGACCCAUCAGCAGGACCGUGUGCCGAGCAAGAGGUCUUCUGGAAGCCACCCACCAUCCAUGUGCAAGUCAAGUCUACCAGCCGUGCUGUGCCCUGCAGAAGAGCAGCUGCAGAAGUUGGCAGUAGAAACACUGGACGAGUUGGACUGGUGUCUCGAGCAGCUUGAGACUCUGAAGACACGUCACUCUGUCAGCGAGAUGGCAUCCAACAAGUUUAAAAGGAUGCUGAAUCGAGAGCUAACACAGCUGUCAGAAACAAGCAAGUCAGGAAAUCAGGUCUCGGAGUUCAUCUCUAGCACCUUCUUAGAAAAGCAACAUGAUAUGGAGAUUAUGUCACCACCAACCAAGGAGAAGGAGAAGAAGAAGCGGCCCAUGUCCCAGAUCAGUGGAGUGAAGAAGCCCACACAGAGCUCCAGCGUGGCAGCUUCCAGCAUCCCACGCUUUGGCGUCAGCACUGACCAGGAAGAUCAGCUGGCCAAGGAAUUAGAAGAGAUCGACAGAUGGGGUGUGGAUAUUUUCAAGAUAUCAGAGUAUUCCAACAACCGACCGUUAAUGGUAGCAAUGUACACAAUCUUCCAGGAAAGAGACCUGUUGAAAUCCUUUAAAAUUCCUGUAGACACAUUCAUUACCUACAUGAUGACAUUGGAAGAGAAUUACCACUCAGAUGUUGCGUACCAUAAUAACAUCCAUGCAGCUGAUGUGGUCCAGUCCACCCAUGUUCUCCUCUCCACUCCUGCCCUGGAGGCUGUAUUCACUGACCUUGAGAUCUUGGCCGCAAUGUUUGCUAGUGCAAUACACGACGUGGACCACCCCGGAGUUUCCAACCAGUUCCUCAUUAACACAAACUCCGAGUUGGCUCUCAUGUACAACGAUUCAUCGGUUCUGGAGAACCACCACCUGGCUGUUGGCUUCAAACUGCUGCAGGAAGAAAACUGUGACAUUUUCCAGAACUUGAACAAAAAACAGAGGCAGUCGCUACGCAAAAUGGUCAUUGACAUGGUCUUAGCCACAGAUAUGUCUAAGCACAUGAAUCUGUUGGCAGAUCUUAAGACCAUGGUUGAGACCAAGAAGGUGACAAGUUUGGGCGUGCUACUAUUGGACAACUAUUCUGAUCGCAUACAGGUUCUUCAGAAUAUGGUGCAUUGUGCCGACCUGAGCAACCCAACAAAGCCCCUGGAGCUGUACCGUCAGUGGACGGAUCGCAUCAUGGUGGAGUUCUUCACUCAGGGGGACAGAGAGAGAGAUAAGGGUAUGGAGAUCAGUCCCAUGUGUGACAAACACAACGCUUCCAUCGAGAAAUCACAAGUGGGCUUCAUUGACUACAUCGUGCACCCACUGUGGGAGACAUGGGCCGACUUGGUUCACCCUGAUGCCCAGGAGAUUCUCGACACGUUGGAGGACAAUCGUGAGUGGUACCAGAGUAUGAUUCCUCACAGCCCCACUUCAAUCCCAGAGGCAAAGAGCAGUGUGACCGGGAUGGGAGCAGUGGGGGGAGGUAUUACUUCAGCGGGGGAGAAGUUUCAGUUUGAACUGACCUUAGAAGAAGAAGGAGAGUCUGAUGUCGAGAGUCCCGUGGAUGAAGAGUUUAACCUUGAUUCCACCCGGACUGAUUCAGAUAGCAAACAUCCAUCUUCAGCUUCCUGCACACAACAGGCCAACCUGACCACACGGUCCCCAGGCUGCAGGACUCUUUCUUUUGAGAUGGGUGAGCAACCAGACAGUGAAGACGAGGACAGAGAAUUUGACCAAGAAGGGAAAAGCGUGUCAUUCCUGAGCCUGGGAACAUAACAACAAUGCACUUUUUUGCUUUGUUUUAAUUUACAUUAGUACCUCUUUUGCACCAGCUUCCCAUCCCUCUCCAUCUCAUUCUUAACUUCCUCGGGCAGACGGGACACAGAGCAGGAGAGCAAAGGAGGGACCGGAAAGCUUCCUUGGGACAUGUUUUUACACAGCCGUCACCUCGCACUGGAGAAAGCUCCUAGUCUACAGACUCUAAAAACGUUUUGUUUUUGUAGUUCUCAGUCUUGUGACUUCAGAAUGGUGUUUGGCUUUACUGUCAUGCAGUCUAAGCAGAAAACUGCCGGUGUCUUAUGGACGAGGAGGAAAUGUACUUUAAAGUGUCUUCCCGUGACAUCUGGGGUUUGAUGUAAUGGAGUUUUUAGUUGUCAGAACAUUUUUGAUGAUGAUUGAUACGCAGGAAACUUGUAUGUUUUUAUGUGAGACAGAUGUGCACUAAAAUGUUUUUUAAAAGAUACACUGUUGACUUAAAGCUGGUUUAUAUAGCUGAACAAAAACGACCUUACCUUAACAUAACAAAACACCUCAGGACACAAAGAAAUGAUGGCUUUCAUGUAGCACACAGCUUUGAGGGUACCCAUGUAGCGACCACAGUCUUCCUUGGAUUGCUAUGAAAAUCUUUAGACAGAAGAUCUUUUGUAUUUGUAUGUGGCUCCACCUAGUGCUUAAUAGUAAAACUAGAGCCGCAGACUUAACACUCCGACAGAAUACAGUGGCUCUGUAUUGUUACGCACAUUUGCACAGAAUAUACUUAUUUCAAUUGAGCUGUAACUUAAACCCUUUCUCUUCUUUGCUUCUUUAAUUUAUGUCAUUCACAUUGUUUACAUCCUUCUUGUUUUCUAUUCUGCACCAUCCAAAGCAUUAUUAUAAUGUAUGUUGAAUCCAUUUUGCAACAGCUUGCUUCUGAUACAGUAGCUAGCACUUUAGAAAUGUCUUUGUCAUUGCCAAACAUUGCUCCAUUAGUAAGGCCUGGAGUGACUAAAACACACCAAGGUCAGCAGGGUUACCAGCACGUGUACACACGCUGUAAGUUGUGAUGUUUGGUCUAUGGAAAGGCUGGGCUCUGACAUCAACGUUAGCCGUCGAGUGAGUCGAAGUGAGCAGUGUCCUUAAACCACAUGUGUACUUUUUCUGUGCAGGUCACACUGAAAAUAUGAGACGCUGAGGUAUAUUAAAAUCUUUACAAAUGUAUUAAAUUCUAAAGGAGUCAACAAUUUUGUUAUAUAUUGAAAGCUGUAGAAUGCACAAUUCAUGCCUAAAUUAAACUGUCUAACACAAAGCCAAAGUUAGUUUUCUGUCCCAGACUGUUUCUGUUCUUUGGUUUUUGGUGAUGGAUCAAUCCUCUGCUCUUCACAGGGACAUAACCAAUGAUGGUACAAGUGCCAAGCAAGCAUGAUUCGUGCCGUACUGUAAUUUCCAUUUUGCCACUGGCUAAUUUCCACCAAUGACAUCUACAGACUGUAAUACACCAGUUUGAUCCUUUCUUUAUUUCUUCAACUGUGUCACUUGAAAGCAUUUUGUCAUUUGAACACAUUUAAUUUUAAAUGUAAACGUUUAUGAUAAAUACGUUUCAUAAGUCUUUGAUUAAGUAAACGCGUUCAUCAAUCAAGUCGCAGAUUUGUGUGCCAUUUUCAUACAAUAGUAUGGAUUUUAAUCUUUGUAUUCCUCUUAAAAUAUAAAUUGAUUACAUGAAAUUGGACUUUUCAUCAGAGUGGUGAAAGAAAAACUGAGUGGUCUUAAAAGGUUAGACUUAUUUCUCAUCAUGGCACGCCUCUGUUUUGGUCUUUUCUUGUUGCAUCUGCCGAUCUGACCAUCUCGACAGUAUCGUUUACCACUACAACGCUGUUACUCAGGUUGCUGUGAUUGUUUUCUUGUUCCCAA